UUGUCGUAAAAUGUUUACGGUCUGCAGCACGUAUCAGUUUACGUUAGUCAUUGCAAUGAGGGGCAAGGCUGCAGCUUUCACGGUCCUUUUUAUUCGAAUGUGUCACUUCAGGUAGACCCUGACUGUGCUGGAGGAUGGACCCUGUGGUGUUGAGCUACCAGGACAGCCUGCUGCGGCGCUCCGACGUGUCCUUACUGGAAGGACCAUACUGGCUCAAUGACCAAGUCAUUGGCUUUGCCUUUGAGUACUUUGCUGCUGAACGCUUCAGAGCCCUGGGGGAGACGGUCAUCUUCAUCAGCCCAGAGGUCACUCAGUUCAUUAAGUGUGCCUCAUGCCCAGAUGAGCUAGCACUGUUUCUGGAGCCCCUGGAUCUAGCCUCUCGUCGCUGGGUCUUCCUGGCUGUAAAUGACAACUCCAACCAAACAGCUGGAGGAUCCCACUGGAGCCUUUUGCUGUAUCAUCACCGCUCCAAUCACUUUGCUCACUAUGACUCUCAAAACGGAAGCAACUCAAUGCAUGCACGGCGCAUCGCCAGCAAGUUAGAGCCUUUCUUGGGUGCAGGGAGGAAAGCGCUGUUUGUGGAAGAGCCCUGCCCGUCACAACAGAACAGCUACGACUGUGGCAUGUAUGUUAUCUGUAUCGCUGAGGCCUUAUGUGAGAAGGCCAGGGUGGAGGGUUCGCCACGCCUUCCAGUGCAAAUCAUCACCCCAGCCUACAUCACCCAGAAGAGGGCUGAGUGGUGCAGACUGAUCCAUAGUCUAGCUCAGAAUGACCUCUGCUGCUCGCUGUCUUUUGCUUAGCACAAUGAUGUCCUCUCACGAUAUGCAGAAGCGCUUUCAGCCACCCACAUAACUACUGCUGGAGCACCUGACUGAACUCCUUAAAUACAGCUUAACUAAAUAUAAAGUAUAUUUCUAUUACAGUGACUAUCAUAUAACAAAGUUUAACCGAUGAAGGAGAAGCUUAAAACAAAGCAAUCUUAUGAAUCUUUCAUGAUUUAUUGGACAAUUGGCAUCAUGUUUAACUCUUGCAUAUGCACAGCAACAUACAGUAUGUAAAGAAGAACACCAGCAUGCCUAUAAAAUGAAUUCUCUGCUUUGUGCAUAAUUAGCAAGGAUGGAGAAUAUCUCAUGUGGAAGAGGAGGCACUGACUUUAGUUUGCUCAGUUUGUUUUUUUUUAGUUUGGAGCGAAUGUAGGAGUGUUUACACAGAUUAUUGCUCAGGGUCAUUUUAAAUGAACUAGAAUUGACAGUAAGAAUGUGCAUUUAUCACUGGCUCCUUCUUUAUGUCACAUCUGGUCUGGUCAAAUAUGAAUUUUGUUUUACUAUGACGUUCUGUGGUGGAAUGUACAGUAUGUGCUCACAAGAAGCAUCAAGGCUGUUGUGACUCAAUAAAAUUUACUGUUGUCACACUUUUGCGGACAAAUACUA